AAUAGGUGAGCGAAAGAGAGAGUUGAAUUGAGGGGUUCUUCACGUCUACGAUGUGGGACUCCGCGGUCCAAGGUGAUGGAAGCCUUCAGUCUAUAUAAGCACGCUAUCCCAACCUUACACUCUGCACCUCAUGCCACCACUAUUUCUCCUCUCUUCUCUCUUAACUGAUCAUUGUACUUUAUCACCCAAAAAUUAAGUGGAUGUUAGAAAUUUAGCCAACCUUUCUCUGCUCUCUCUCUCUCUCACACACAAAAUUUCCCACUAAGUGAAGAAAAUGACUGAGAACAAGGCAGUGGAAGCUCAUAAAACUCUUGAGGAUUUCGAUCCUCAAAAGAAGCCCAAAAGGAAUAAGUUCGCUUUUGCUUGUGCUAUGUUGGCCUCCAUGACUUCCAUCUUGCUUGGCUAUGAUAUUGGCGUGAUGAGUGGAGCUGCCAUCUACAUACAGAGAGACCUGAAAGUAUCUGACGUGCAAAUCGAGAUUCUGCUCGGAAUCAUCAACCUCUACUCUCUCAUAGGUUCAUGCCUGGCCGGCAGAACCUCCGAUUGGAUAGGUCGCCGUUACACCAUUGUCUUCGCCGGCGCCAUAUUCUUCGCCGGAGCCUUACUCAUGGGCUUCUCCCCCAACUAUGCCUUUCUCAUGUUCGGCCGUUUCGUCGCCGGUGUUGGCAUCGGCUACGCCCUCAUGAUUGCCCCCGUCUACACCGCCGAAGUGUCCCCCGCUUCGUCUCGUGGCUUCCUCACUUCCUUCCCCGAGGUUUUUAUCAAUGGAGGGAUAUUACUGGGAUACAUAUCGAACUAUGCGUUUUCGAAGAUGAAACUUCGCUUGGGUUGGCGAAUGAUGCUUGGAAUCGGCGCAAUUCCAUCUGUAAUUCUGGCGGUGGGUGUGUUGGCCAUGCCGGAGUCCCCACGAUGGCUUGUGAUGAGGGGUCGUUUGGGAGAGGCAAAAGUAGUUCUUAACAAAACCUCAGACAGCAAGGAAGAGGCUCAGCUAAGGCUAGCCGACAUCAAACAAGCCGCUGGGAUCCCCGAGAGUUGCAACGACGACGUCGUUCAGGUGACUCAGCGAAGCACGGGUGAGGGUGUAUGGAAGGAACUGUUCCUUUAUCCAACGCCCGCAAUUCGUCACAUUUUAAUCGCGGCGCUUGGGAUUCACUUCUUUCAACAAGCGUCGGGCAUAGACGCCGUCGUUUUAUACAGCCCCAAGAUAUUCGAAAAGGCUGGGAUCACGAGUGACACUGAUAAGCUUCUUGCAACCGUGGCCGUUGGAUUCGUUAAGACAAUGUUCAUCUUAGUGGCCACGUUUAUGUUGGACCGUGUUGGGCGUCGUCCGUUACUAUUGUCUAGUGUUGGGGGCAUGGUGCUCUCGCUUCUGGCGCUUGCUACGAGCCUCACCAUCAUUGAUCAUUCGGAGAAAAAGCUUAUGUGGGCCGUUGGAUUGAGCAUAGCGACGGUGUUAUCCUACGUGGCCACUUUCUCCAUUGGUGCGGGACCUAUCACCUGGGUCUAUAGCUCUGAGAUCUUCCCGUUGAGGCUGAGGGCGCAGGGUGCGGCUGCGGGAGUUGUGGUUAAUAGAGUCACAAGUGGGGUUAUCUCAAUGACUUUUCUGUCCCUAUCCAAAGCGAUUACCAUUGGUGGAGCUUUCUUCCUCUUCGCGGGUAUUGCGACUACUGGGUGGCUAUUCUUUUACACCUUACUCCCCGAAACACGGGGGAAAACACUUGAAGAAAUGGAAGGGUCUUUUGGUAAAUUUAAGGGGAAAUCCGACACCGCCAAGGACGUGGUUCACAAUGGUAAUGCGGCAGUGCCCCAAGUCCAGCUAGGGACCAAUCUCCGAACUUAGAAAUCGAGUUAACAUAUUACUGUAACUUCGUGUGUUUUUCAAAUCAUCAUCACAAGCCACACGCAUGUCGCAAAGUGACAACAACACUUUAAUGCAAAAGAAAAUUUCCAUUGUCUUUUAUA